GUAUAUAUGUAUAGUACGGAUCAUCCAUUCCAAUUGGCGUUUGCUUUGCAGAGGACAGUGUAAAUCAGAGAUGGGUGAUUUGGUCAUUUUGUAUGACGAAACAGUCCUGUGUUUAUGUAUGGGUAGAAGAAGAGCAAUACCCACUAAACUCACGAAAUCCUUCCUUAUCUGAUGAAAACCACUGAUUUCAGAGGCUCUCAAGGACACCCAAAACCUCACAAGAAGAUGAUAGUUCGCAAGGUGAUUCGGAGGUCCAAAAAGUUCCCCAAUUUUUUGAGUAUCUAUAGCCAGGAGCGCAACUUUGAGAAAAUGAAAAUCCCGACUGCUUUUAUUGCAAGCAUAGGCAAAGUUUUGCCUGACAAGGUGAUACUUAGAAGUUGGCUUGGGAGAGUUUGGCAUGUGGAGGUUAACAAAGAGGAGAAUGGUGUGUUUUUUUUGAACGGUUGGAAGGAACUUGUGAAGGAUAACUCUGUUGAGCAUGAAGACUUGUUGGUAUUUAGAUACAAUGGAGAUAAUAUAUUUGAUUUCUCAUUAUUUGGGAAAUCUAAAUGUGAGAAGGAAGAAUGUGAGGAGAUGGAGGAGAGGGUGCCAGAAAUGGAGGGGGCUGAGAGGGUGCCAGAGGAGGGGGAGGAGGAGGAUGAUGACAAUAGUGACCAUGAUUAUGGCUAUGAUGUUGAAGAAGAAAAACCUUUCAGAAAGAGAAGAUGUCGGGAAAAGAAGGGUGGAUUUAGAGCAGAUGCUGGUUUCAAGGCAGAGGGGAGUUAUGGCAAGAACAAUACUGUCAAAACUGCUGAACUUAAACCUGAGAAGUAUGUUCAUUCAGAGAAUCCCUACUUCAUCACAAGGGUCAGGAUAUGGAUGGAGCAUUUAUUGCACAUACCAAAGGAUUGGAUGAAAGAGCAAAAGAUUGCAAUCCGGGGGAAGGUAACUUACCUCUCUCCAGAGGGGAGGCAAUGGCCUGGAAAGGUUAUUUUGUGGAAUAAUGGUAGAACAUGGAUUGAUGGGUGGGGAGAUUUCUGCAAAGCAAACCGCAUAAGACAAGAUGAUUGUUGCAUUUGUGAAUUGAUGCAAGACCAUAGGGGUAAUAUCCUGCAGGUUCACAUUGUCCGUGUUUAAUCCCGACUUGAGUGCGAAGUUUCUUGAAUCCCUGUGUAUCCAAAAUUCAAUCCUUCUGGUCAGUAUGUCAAGUAUGGUUGUUCUACAACUUGUAAGUAGCAAAAGCUGUUAGGUGCUAUGUAAGUCUUAGGUUUCUGUUCAGCCGACUUAACGUAGUCUUAGAGACGAAAACUUUCAUAUGCUUCAAACAAUGCUGAUAUUUGUAAUACUGUCUGAACCAAUUAUGAUCUUAAUUUGCGGAACUA